GUGGCUGGCUGUACUCGGAGCGCUGUUGGCUGUUGGGUGGAGACUGAGCGUAGCAGCGAGGCGGCUGUCAGCCAGAGGAGAGCAGGAGGGAGGCAGCGUCUCAUCGAGCACGCGCGCGCAUGAGUGUGUGUGUGUGUGUGUGUGUGUCAUCUCAUUCAGAGCGUGUGGAUACUCCGUCGGGCCGGGGCUCUCACUAGGAACUGCACCAGGCGCACACCCAGGAGAGAAGACCCCAAGCAGAGAAAGUGCUGACUGAACCUGCAGCUGAAGGCCAAGGCGGAGAAGUCAGCAGAGACAAGGAACCUCCUGAUGUGAAGGUCCUCCUGAAGAGAAAGGUCCACUUCUGCUAACCGACCAGAAGAGAGUACUUUAGCCCAGAGGCACAACACAGAGUUUUAAGACAGCCUGCCCAGGCGCCUAGAGAAGCCUCAUGGCCAGCAACAACACAGCCGGCAUCGCCCAAGCCAGGAAACUGGUGGAACAGCUCAAGAUGGAGGCCAACAUUGACAGAAUAAAGGUGUCGAAGGCGGCGGCCGACUUGAUGUCGUACUGCGAAGCGCACGCCAAAGAGGACCCCCUCCUGUCCCCCGUCCCGGCCUCCGAAAACCCCUUCAGGGAGAAAAAGUUCUUCUGCGCCAUUCUGUAAACGGGGGGGGGGGGGAAGGGGGGCCAGGGGUUUCUGAAACGGCCCGUGGGGGGGCCGGGAUGUGGACACUCGACAUGUAGAAUUUUCUAGCUGGGGCACGGCAAUCGCCUUUCUCGAAUGCUCGCAAUGAGGGCAAUUAAAAACCAACGAGUAACACGUAAAUUUCAGUCAGGUGGCUACAAGGCAUUGCAUGUUUUAAAAGGAACCUUGUGGAGACGCACAAGGGGGAUGAAGAGGGACCAGAAACGUGACUGACAGGAGAUCUAGAGAGUCCUCGAGGUGUGUAGUGUAGCAGCCCACGCUGACUGGUGUAGAGUUGUAAAAACAAAAUAAAAAAUAAAAAAAACACACACAAAAAAAAACUAAAAGAAAACAAACAAAAAAACUUUGUGGUUCUUUUGAAUAAUACAAAUGUUAAGGUGGAUGGUGUGUAAUGGCAACCAAAAUCACGGUUUUGCAGGUUGAGCUUACGGCUGGAGAUAGCAUUUUUAUUGGAAUGAUUUUUAAAUGUUGAGUUUAUUUUUAAGUUUGAUUGGUUUGGCUAUAUCAUUUAGAAAGCUUUCGGUUAUGUGAUUAAUUAUUUGACUAUGAUAACUGUUUUUCUUAUAAUUAUAAUAGUUUAGCAAAAAUGUUUUUUAAUGACAAAAAAAGUUCAAAAGUUGAAAGAUGUGACAUUCUUUACCAAUAUACAUCUUUAACAAUGCUGAAAAAAUAUAUAAAAAACUGGCAGUGAUUUUGUUUUCUUCCGAUACUGGCUCUCUUUUUAACAUUUGUAUAAAAUUGCUAGCAAGUAAAGUGUGUUGUGCUCAGUGCUCUGAAUGUUUGUGGUGAUAUCAAUAAUAAUUGCAUGAAAAAUUGACAAAGCCAAGCCCUGUUUUUCUUUCAGUGUGAAGCUUAUUAGAGAAUAGGCAUUUCUGGUAGUGGCAGCUGUUCAGGCGGUAAAAUCAUUAUAACUCAGCAGCAUCUGCACCUCAGAUAAUUUCAGAAAUAUUCUGAUUUAUUUAGGAGUAAUUCAUUAUUAAACAUCACAUUAUAGGAAACACUUCUCACUGAAAUUAGGCUAUAUAUACAAACAUAUUUUGCCAAUAUUCUUACCCACAGUAACCACAAAUGCAUUGCUGAUGCCUUCAUAUGCAUCCUGAGUGUGCUACCUGAAAGAGACCUUGCUAUUAUGGUAACCAGAUCUGUCCAGUUUGCGUAUUCUGUAAGUUUAAUAAACUACAAAUGCUGUGUGCCAUUUCA